CCAGCCGGCGACCAGAGCCGGUGUCAGACCCCGCAGCGGGGCUGAGCGGGGAACCCGGAGCCUGUUUCAGGCGCCCCCUAGCGGGCAAGGGGGGAAUCCGGUGCUCGCUUUGUACCGUGUAAACGAGGCCAGGGGCGGCUCCGAGACAGGGCCGGGAUUACACGAGCGGAUGCGGAGAGGAGCGGUAGCAGCUGGGCCGGAGCGAGCCAGGCCGACCCCCGGCCAUGGGGCAGUCGGAGAGCCGGGCUCCCCCGGUCGUGCUGGUGCAGUGGGCGCCCCCGUCUCUCCCGGCCCCGCUGGACCUGAACCCGCUGCCGGACGAGCUCCUGGCGCAGAUCCUGAGCUGGGUCCCGGGCCGCGCCCUGGUGACCCGCUGCCGGCUGGUGUGUCGCCGCUGGCGGGACCUCAUCGACGGGCCCACGGUCUGGCGGCUGCAGGGCGAGAGGCGCCCGGGCUUGGGGGCCACCCUGGCGGCCGCCCGCCUCUGCCUCCCGCCGCAGUGGAGCCGGAUCUGCGUCCUGGAGCCCUUCGGGCGCAACCUGGUCCGGAACCCCUGCGGGCAGGAUCAGUUCAGUCACUGGCAGGUGGAGCGUGGGGGCGAUGGCUGGAAGGUGGAAGAGAACGGCUGCCCGGUUGAGGACGCCCCGGCCCAGACCUGCUUCACCACAUCCUUUGACUGGUGUGUCAAAUCGCAGCUCGUAGAUCUUCUAGAGGAGGGGUUAUGGGAAGAACUGCUGGAUACCUACCAACCGGAAAUCUACAUCUCCGAUUGGUGGGGCACCCAGCGAAAUGGUGGCUGUGAAUACUCCAUCUGCGUCAAGCUCCUGGCUGCCAACAGAAGAACUGUAAUUGCUGAAUUCCAGGCCAACUCUGAUGCCAUACAACAGUGGAACGACGCGCAGUAUCACCAGGUGUCCUACCGGUUCAGGCAGUACGGCCGCGGCGUCCGGUAUGUGCAUUUCCUCCACAGAGGCAAGGAAACUCAUUUCAGGCCGGGACACUACGGCGCACGGAUCACCAACUCCACAGUCAUGGUGAAGCUCAGCUGAGAGCCCGGAGCGGGUCUCCACGAAUCUCUCACGUGAGCCAGAAUGAUGAUCUCCAUUUACCUCUGUGAGCUCCUCUCCCGUCCGAGAACAAAUCCAAGGGAUGCGUCUCCUUGAAAUUAAUACGCCCCUUUGCCUGAGGAACGUCUUUGGUCCGUUCUUUCUGGCCAGCCUCGUUCUGCGCAGGACCAAGGAGCACCGGGGCGAAUCCUUAGGUGCCUAGUGCCUGACUUCGGUCAGUGUGACCCUGCCCCUGCAUGGCAGAAGCAACAAGACUUUUUAAAGAUGGAAACAACUGGGCUUGUGCCUCUAUUUGGGGGGCUUUGGGAUUGUGUCAUCAGAGCAUGAAGGGGUUAAAAAAAUAGUUGUUUGAGGGGUUUUUUUACCAGCAUGAGGAGGAAUUUUCAGCUCUUCUCGGCCACGUUUCCGUUCGGAAGCUGCAGAGAGGUGGGUUGGGAGCUCGCUGUGUGUUCUGUUAACGGAAGAGUUUUUUCUGCCAGCUGAUGCCCGUGGGUGUGGCCUGUCUGAUGUGAAUCCAGAUUCACAGGCAGGUGAGCAAAAUACCCCUCCCUCCCCCCAUGCUAAUUAGACUGCGUGGUUCUGGGGAAGGGGGGUUAGAACCCAGCUGCUGCAAGCUAUGGGUAGUGCAGUGCUCACGAGAAUACCAUACCGGGCAGCCCUUAGACAAACGUAAAAUGCUGCUUGUUGAUUGUCCAGGAGUUAAUGGGGAACAUAAUCUUCAGGUCUGUUCUCACUGCGCUCGCAUCCCAGCAAAGCCAGUGGGCGUGGUAGACACUCAGGCCUUUUGCUGACAUAAACCAAGUGUCGGAUUCUAAAGUGUGUAAAUCUGGAAAGACUCCAGUGGAGUGACUCCAGAUUCACACAAGUCUACGUCAGACCAGAACCGGGGCCUAGCAGUACUUUGGUGCAGUUCGCUCCCCAUUUUGGGGGGCGAUGUGGGCGUAAGGCAAAGUCCACACUUGUACUAACGCACAAUCACGGGGCAUGGGCAGAGGGUUAUAGGCGGAGCCACAGAGCCCACUCCCAGCAGGGGUUGACGGGCAAGAUAUUUCUAGGGAACUGGGGUCUAAUUUCUGCCACAUAGUCCAGCGACGGCCUUCAGUGCACCAGCUGGGCUCGGGUGCGGUCAUCGGGAUGGGUCUUAGCCCUGCUGGUAAAGACAGGCCAGAACGUCCGCUGGUAUAAACCAAUGUCCUGCCAUUGGUGUCUUUGCUCUUACACCAGCAGGAGACACCGUCCCGUUGAUUGGAGGCGUGUUGCUGGGGGAUCUAGUGCUCUGUGUUACCUCUCUCAAAAAAUGCCCAAAUUCUGCCCCCAUUCAAGUCCGAGGCUCUGAUUCUCCUACUGCUCAAAUGAUUGAGUGAAGAAUGAGGCCUGCUGACUCCACCGGACUCAGGCCUGGUUAACACCGGAGAGAACGAGAAGGGAACUAGGGUAGCUAUUCGGUCCUAGCGCUGAGCAACCUCCCAGCCCGUUCCCUUGGUGCGCAGGGAGCCGGGAUGGAUGGUGGCCCUUUGGGUCAGGCUGUUAUUGUUUAAAAUGAUCCCACGGGCCUGGGCUGAAAUCCCCAGUAGGUUAGUUACUGAAGAGCUAACGGGUUUCCUGUUGGCCUGAAUUGUUUUUAUUAAUAAAAGGGCCUGGAAGGUUUGAGCUGGUCCCUCACCGGAAAAGAGGGGCCAGGGAAUGUAUUCGCUGGUCAGUUUCACAGGGCUCUGUCCCGAAAUGGAGUCGCUGAACAUGAUAGCAGCAGCUGUGCGGAUUGUUAAUGCAGAUUAAAGUGUUUUUCUGAACA